AUGGAAGUUGACUUGAAGAAUAGAAAUUCCAUAAUGAUUACGAUGGAAAACGGAUAUACCGAGAUUUCUGAGUUUUUGCUGCCAUUUAUAACUGAUUUCAAGCAAAAAGACGACAAAGGUAUUCCUCUUAUAUUUUAUGCCGUAAGGAAAGGCCAGCAUAAUGUCCUUAAGCAUAUUAUAGAGAAUACAAAAGAUUUUGAUAUCGAUAUCCAAAUCGAUGGCGUUUCUCUUUUAUUUGAAGCCGUUAAAUGCAUGAAUCCAGAUGCUGUUCAAAUAAUUCUGCAGUACAAUCCAUUGGUCGAACAUCCAAAUGAGUUCGGAAAAACUCCAUUGAUGGAAGCAUGCACAACUGAUGACGAUUUAAGUGCUGGACUGCUUAUUGAUGCUGGAGCGAACAUAAAUGCUCGAGAGAAUAAAGGAAAUACUCCGUUACACCAUAGUUGCAUUUCCAAGGGAAACAAAACCGGAAAGCUUUUGCUUGAAAGGGGUGCUGACAUGGAGAUAAUCAAUUCUGAUGGAAUUCCUCCUUUGAUUGCUGCAACAAUGAAGAAGAACGCAGAGAUGGUAAGAAAUCUACUUUUAUUUAACUCAAAUGUCAACGUAAUGGAUGCGUUCGGAAAUUCUGCCCUCAUUCAUGCUGCUCAAAUGAACUGCCCUGAAAUUGUUGAAGUUUUGAUCUCGUUUCAUGCUGAUACAACGAUUAUUAAUAGAAACGGAAAUGAUGCAUUGGCAGCCGCGAGAAAGUCAGGAUCUCCUCAAAUAAUGAAGCUACUUUCUGAAAACAGAAACAAAUAA